AAGAUAUGAAUCGAAAUGACUUAUAGUUGCAGAUUAUUUAAACAACUGGUAGCUCGCAUAGAUUAUUAUUAUAACAAAAAAUUGUUAUAAAAACCGAACAGACAAUUCGUUUUGCAAGUCUGAAAUUGCGAUACACUCGUUGAUACAACUCGUUGUAAUAUAAAAAAGAAGAAACGAAAUCGUCUAUCAAUGUUAUCAGUUGAGUGACAACACAGUUCAUACAGUUUGUAAUUAUUUUGAAAAAUUUUAUUGAGCACUUUACUGCUUAUUGACACGAAGCGUAUACAUUCAUAUUUUUUACCUGCCGGACUAAGUUCAAUCAACCAAAAAUUCCAUUUCGAAUUGCAAUAAAACAAACCCAAAAUUAUGUCGUUGAAACCAUCAACCCCAGAUCGACGUCAUCAAUUUCCACAUGACCAUCUACCACCAUCACGUAUACCCCAACCAUCUCCACAAUUAUUGCGACGCUCGCUCUCACUGCGUCUGCGCAACACAACCCUCAACAUAUUAGAUAAUAAUCCUACACAGUUAAAAUCACCCACAAAGUCACCAUUAAUCCAAAGACAACGAUCGAAUUGUACGAAAAAUCAAUUGCACAGUUCAAAAUCGCUAACAAAUAUUGGUAAUAUGGCCGAAGAAGCUGCCUAUUUAAAUGGUAAAGUGGAUGCCAACGAUGGUGGUCCGUGUGCGGAAACAAAGCAUAGUCCAACGAGUGUAACAGUAUGUUGUAAACAGGCAUCGAAAAAUUGUUUGGCCAAAAGUCAACAUGGAAUGUCAUUGAACCUGAACCGCCACAGUGACAAUGGCUCAAUUCAACGAACACAAAACCGAAGUGCUCAGACACCCCAAAGUCCACACACACCAGCUGGUCUACCACCAAAUUUUAAGCAAAAAUUAACUCCACAAACUCCACCCCAAACACCCGAAUCGCCACUGAAUGGUUAUAUGGACGACGACUUGGAUUCGGUUUACAGUUAUACUUCAAUGGCAUCGGGACGAUCGGCAAUAUCAACGUGUGAACAUCCAUACGUGGCACGGAAUGGUACAACAUUCAGUGGACGUAAAAUGAAGUAUGUCGUUCAUUGCUCGAGCUAUGCGGGUCAGACGGGGGACGAUUACUUAACGCCCACACAGAGAGCACAGAAACACAUUAGAAGAUUGAAGAUUUUGCUGUCUCAAGCGCGCAUGGACUUGGAGCAAAGAGAUAGUGAAAUUUUGAGACUAACGAAGGAGGUAGUGGAAUUACGGCUCUUCAAAGCGUCGCUCAGUUCGCCAGAAGAACGAUCCAAUUCAAGUGAUGCAAUUACAGUACGAGAAAUCAACGAUCCAAAAACAUCAACAGACGUUUCGCCUAUCGUAGUUGACACGGAUAUGGUCGACGAAGUAUCCAAGUGUAGUCCACGGCAUGUAUCGUAUCACACAAGCAUCAAUCCAGCCCAACAUUAUUUGGAAAAAAUUAGCAAUUCCGAAAUGCAAAGUUCGUUCGCCGAUUCAGGCCAUUUCGAAGAUAUAACGGUAUCGUCGAUCAAUUCGAAAGAUUCGUUCGUACAAACCAGAGAUGUGGCUUGCGGUGACGACACCGACGAUCUCGUCAAAAUGUAUGAACAGAAAAUUGAAGAAUUGAUUAAAUGCCAAAAUGAAGAGAAACAAGAAACUCGGGACAGUCAGAGCAGAGUUGAGGGAUUGUUGGUUAAGUUGGCUGAAUGCAAUGAACGGUACGCUGAUCUGGUGCCCGAUUACGAGCAGGCAAAAGAGCGAAUUCGUGAGUUGGAGAAACAAUUGGAGGAACUGCAAAAGAAGUUGCAAGAACAAGAAGACAAGCAAAAUAAAAUGUACUUGCACAUGUACACCAAAGGACAGGAAUCCGAACGUAUCAGUCAUGCUGAUAAGGUCCUAGAAUUGGCCAGUCAAUCGGGUGCUGCUGGUCGAGUGUCCGUUCCUGAGCUAAUACAUCAGUUGCAAGUUACACAAAAUGAAUUGGAGAAUAUCAGGGAGGAAACAAAUUAUCUACAAGAAAACGGAAACUCUCAAGUUCUUUUGAGUGCAAAAGAAGCCAUUUCAUUAUGGCUGUUGGGAGCUAGAAAGACCAUGUACCGACGACUGAUCGAAGCACAACAAACUAAGAGUAAAGUGGAUCCAGAAGUGACGUUACAGUUUCUGAAAAGCGCAAUUUACUACUUUUUAACCGAUAAAGAAAAUACCCAAGGUCAUUUGAAUGCGAUCGAAAGUAUUUUGGGUUUUUCGGAACUGGAAAAAUUGAAUAUUGAUCGAGCUAGAGCGGCUAAGUAGAGAACGUGAAUUGUGAAUUGUAGGUAAACAGAGAAAAAUGUUUAAACUUUGCAUUAGAUUCAAUAUUUAGUGCGUCAGCUUAAUGAUCUAAUUGGAUGUCUAAUUUUAAUUUAUUCAAAUUGUUUUUAGGUGUUUUCUUUCGUAAUUUAUAAGAAAAAAAUAAUUUUUGAUGGGAAAAAAAUGAAGAAAUUUGUAUUACGUGUCUAAAAAUGUGUGUUGUGUACACUAAAACCGUUAUUUUUAUUAACAAAAUGUUUAUUUCCUUUAAAGGAAUAUCAAUUUCUAACAUUUUAAGUUUGUUAAUUCAUUUGCCAAGCAAUAACACGCAUUAAAGUGUACCAAAAUUUGAAGA